CCGCCCGGCCCCGCACCUGCCCCCGGGGCCGCCCCGCCGGAGUCGGGCCGAGCCGCCGCGGGAGCUGCUGCCGGAGCGCCCGCCAUGGGCGUGGGCUAUGGGGGGAUGCGCUGCGUCAAGAUCCUGCUCUUCAUCUUCAACCUGACCUUCUGGCUGGCAGGACUGGCUGUCAUUGCCUUUGGGCUGUGGCUGCGGUUUGGUGGGCCCAUGGCAGAGUUUGCUACAGACAAAAAGUCCCCGGAACUUUUCUUCAUGGGACUCUAUGUACUGGUGGGAGCAGGGGCCAUCAUGUCAGCAGUUGGAUUUUUCGGGUGCUGUGGAGCAGCGCGGGAGUCCCAGUGCUUAAUUGGAACAUUCUUUGCUUGCCUGUUGGUGAUAUUUGCAGGUGAGGUCACUGCUGGAGUAUUUGCCUUCAUAGGCAAGAAAGUGGCAAUACAGGAGGCCCAGAAAAUCUAUGAAGAUGCUUAUGAGGACUACCUGAAAAACCCAGUGGGGAAGGUCAACAGUACCAUCUAUCGCUACCACGUGGCUCUCCAGUGCUGUGGUAAAGGUAAUGUGGAACAACAAACAGGAUUACCCUGUCCAGAGAACAUCCAGCUGCCAAAGAACUGCCUGGCUGAAAUUCAGAAUGUAAUUGAUACUCAGCUGCGCUUAGUUGGAAUUGUUGGAAUUGCAAUUGCUAGCAUCACAAUCUUUGGCAUGAUAUUCAGCAUGGUUCUGUGCUGUACGAUCCGUAACAUGAGAGAAAUGAUCUAAAACUGUCACUGCACAACUAUGUCCCAGGAGUUCCAGACUAAGCUUACAAGAAGUGCUCUUCUACCCAAUUUAAUAAUUGUAAUGCAUUUUAAUCAGUGUUUUAACAUACUGAGAGGGAAAUAUCUCAUUAGGUGAUCAGGUGAAUUGUAUUAGUUACAGUAAAACUGAAGUGAACAAAAAAAGGGGUUUAAAAUGUCCUUUUUAAUGAAAAAAGAGGAAAGGUGCAUCUAAGACUAAUUUGAUUUUCAAUGUUUGUAUCUGUGCAAUUAAGAAUUUACACAUGUAUAGACUUUGUGUAAGCAUAUGCAUGUGUCUCCUUCCAAACACCUCUGGACGUGAGCAGGUCUCUGGAUGUGCAGUACCUGUCCAGGUAAAUAUCUGCAGAUGGAACACGUUGUGUGUGCACAUCCCCCAGGGACACAGUGCUCAGAGCCCUCUCACACCAAGCCCCUGUUUGCCAAGAAUUAGCAGAGGGACCAAUGCCAUUGUAAAAAGUAAGACCUAUGAUCCGUUUUGUGACUUUAUUUUUCAAAGCCCAAACAGAGCAGAACUAAUAAAAUUGUACUUUAUUUAAAAAAAAACAAUUAAUGCCUAAGGGUCUGCUGCAGCAAACUUGAAGAGUAGACCCACUGACUUCACUGUCAUGCAGAGACUGGGUAUUUAUUUUUUGUAGGACUGGACCCUUCAUGCAUACACAAAAAGCUCUGGGGGAGAAAACAUCCAAGGAGAUCCAGGCUAAAGGAAGAGGGGGAAAGAGGUGGGAAGCUGGCAAGACCAGGCAGUCAUUUGGGACCAACUGCAGUGCAAAGUGUGCUUAAGCUUCCCAAGCUAGGCUGAGAUACACCAAAAAACCCAACUGUGAGUUCAAGGGGCCACAGAAAUCCACAUUCAGCAGCCUCUUCAUCCCAAAAGCCUCACUGUGGCUACAAACUGGUGCAGGAGUGGAGCCUAGGUCCAGAAAAGCUGCCCCUUUGUCAGAUCUGUGGAGAAUCUAACUGGCCUGUGGAAGCCAAACAAAGAGCAAAAGUGAUCAGAAAAAGACACACAGCACUUUAAUAUCCUCAGUUUCUGCUUCUGUGACUAUCACAGCUUCCACGGGGCUCUUACCUCAACCUCUCGCCCCUUCCUGGGGGCAGAAGGCAGGAAAGAAAGAUGGGACAUUUCUACAGAGCCAUGAAGUAAGUUUUCUUACUGGCACCUUUAGAUUGCUUGUCAGGUAUAAAAAUUACACUGUGUGCUUGAAAUACCUCAGGGCUUGCGUUUACAUUGGUUUUUUUCUAUAUUUUAAUUUUUCUAUUUGUCAUAUUUAUUCAUAAGAGAAUGUUCCUUUUGAACCAGCCUAGAAGGGAGAAAGAUUGUCCCCAGAAAAAGAAGUUACAUCAAAGGCUCAGGAUCUCUUAAUUUUUGGCUUACUCAAGAUAAUUCACAGUUUCAGAGAACAACUUUUUGCUAACUCUACCCCCAUAGCAGAUCUGGUGAUCACCAGUUCAGAUUCCUGAUGCACUUGUUCCAUUCAUGCUGGGGAGAAGUUCAAUUAAACUACACAUUCCAAUAGACCAUUGUCUACGAGGCCUUGGAAUUUACAAGUCAUGGGCUCCUUGUUCCACUGAAACACAGUGGAACAAAAUGAGAUUUCAGGAAAUAUGUGUGGGAUAUACCACCCUUUAUCUGUUAUUUAUUUUUUAUCUCUUAUUCCCCAAAGAAACUCAAACUCCCAUCAGUUUUCUGUCACUUCAGGACUUGGGGAAGUGCUGCUGCUCCAAGUCUCUGGUUUAGUUGACACAUCUUGCUGUCUCUUACGUGGAUUUCUCUUUUCCAAUCAUCCAACCACGAGCUGUGGCACUGCACUAAGAGCUGGGCACGGCAGGCACUGCUGACUGAACCAUGUCUAGGCUGAGCUUUAGGCUGGCAGGGAUACAUGAAAUCACACACCAGGAAAGAGUGAGGCUUGUGUCACUCUGUCACAGCUGAUUAGCAAUGGAUGUUAAUUAAAAACAGGGCCUGGGACCUCAUUCUGCAAGAACCAGCACAGGAAACAGGGCCCUGAUCUGCUGCUUGUUCCCAAGACAGGCUCAGCUGGGAGAACAGCAGUGGCAGCAAAUCCAUGAGGGUCUCAAACUGAACCUUAGAAAUCAGAUUAACACAGCAGCCAGCAAAGCAAUUUCCUGGCUCCCAGGUGUAGCUGAGACUGUCCCUACAAUGGCUGUGCUCUGAAGAGACGAUGGGGUAGUGCCCAGCUGGGGUGUGUUGUCCCAAGGUAGUACUGGCAGAAAGAAGAAACUCUUGUCGAGUGUCAUUUUUGCCACUCAGGAUAAGCCAGCUUUCCAGGAAAAUCAGAAAAAUAGCACCAGAGCCAGUGGUUCAGGUUCCAAGACUGUUGUCCUACAGGGAUAGAAACUGACUGCAAAUAAAGCCAUUUCCUGGUGUUACAUUCCCCCUCAUAAUGACAGUGUUCUAUUCAUUUUAAACACAUCUACACAUUCUUCCAAUUGGUAGCACCAGAAUGUAAUGACAAGACCAGAGUUUGUCUUUUUAUUUAUCAUCUCUUGAGUAAGUUGGAAGAUGCCCACUCCUGCUGGGAGAUGCACUGAAUGCCAAGGCAGCUUGCAGAACCUGCUGUUGCUUCCCCAGCCCUCCACUCCCCCAGAAGUACAAAACCACCCCAGUGCCUUAGGAAAACAGGAAAAAGUGGCAGAAAAAAAACCCUUCUAUAAAUUCAGACUCGAGCCACCAAACUUUCUGCUGAAGUGUUUUGGGUUUGUGAUUUGUUUCUUCCUCUAAAGAAAGCAUUAAUUUUCUGAGCAUUCCUGCAUAAGCUCUAGGGUUGCAGUUAUUUAGGUUUAGGGGAUACUUGCACUGCAUACCAGGCACAGGACAAUACCUGUUACUGGUUUGAUUCUCUAAGUUAUUGGUAUAAAUUAAGCUGGAAAUCAACAUGUUAUUCAUAUACUAGUGCCUUUAACAGAAUCCAGGGAUAAAGGUCUUUUGUAGUUUCCUGCUGUUGUGAGGUGCUUAAUAUAACUGCAGUUUUCUCUGCAUCUUAGUAACUGAAGGUAUUUUUUCAGAGUUACUGCCACAUAAGGCAGCAAAAAUACCCAUUUAUCCUGUCCCAGAGGAAAGUGACAAAGGAUCAGAUCCCUCCAGGUGUCAAAAUUUUGAAAUCACAUCACACACAUUUUCUUGUUGUCCUGUCAGUUUGUUCUACAGCAUAAAGAUGUAAGUUGUCCUUACUGUAUCUCUAAACAUCCUAAUUCACAUUUCCCUUGUCUAAUUUUUCUAAGUUACUGAUUUUGGUGGGAGCUUCCUUUGUCACAGGGAAACCUCAGCCAGUUUUGGUACCUCUCAGAAAUCACACAGCAGCUGAUGAAGCUCAGCCCUGUGACAUCCCUACAAUGAAGAGUAGUAUUUUACUUGUCUUGAUACUGAUAGUUUUAUAACAAAACACGUUUCAUGUGUCUUGAAAAAGAAACUGAGUUGUCUUAAGCCCUCAAAUGCUGUACUGUACAGCCUUUGCAGGCUAUGGAUUAACAGCAUCGGAUGCUGUUCAUAGAAAAUGUACAUAAAUAAAGCCUUUCAAUCUUUUUCAUCUCUAUUGGUGCUCCAGCCACAAGGUUCUCCAAAACACUAACCACUUCCAGGAUAAUGUGUAUGGCACAGCAUAAAUUCUGAUUUUGGAAGGAACUGGCAUUUUAGUUCAUGCUGCCAGGUCUGUGGCAGAAUUACCUCUUGCUUUGAAAGAAAACAAAUGUAACUCUGUGGCUGAAAUUAGCUUUCACUUCCCUAUGAUGUGUUCCGAAGUGGUGUUUUAUCGGCUAUGUGUCUUGAAUUUGAAACAACUUCCUAAUAAAAAUAACCUGGAAUAAACGA